AUGUCUUCCAGCAUGUUCUCCCUCCAGGGCCAAACAGCCAUGAUAACUGGCUGCACCCGCGGCAUCGGCCAAGCCGUCGCUGUUGGCCUUGCCGAAGCAGGCGCCGAUGUUAUCCUUGUCCAACGCGAUACAAGCUCCGUCGAGACCAAGGGCCUCGUUGAGGCUCUCGGCCGCAAGGCCUGGAUCUACACGGCCGACAUGGCCGUACAAGAGCAGGUCGCUGCCCUCACACCCAAGGUCCUCGCCGACGGCCACGAGAUCCGCAUCCUGGUUACCUGUGCCGGUAUCCAGCGUCGCCAUCCAUGCGAAGAGUUUCCCGACAACGAUUUCAACGAGGUCAUGCAAGUCAACCUGAAUGCCGUCUUUACCCUCUGCCGCGACGUCGGCGCCCACAUGCUACAGCUCGAGCCGUCGCCCGUCACCGGCCGCCGCGGCAGCGUCAUCAACUUUGCUUCGCUGCUGACCUUCCAGGGCGGCCUGACGGUACCCGCGUACGCCGCGUCCAAGGGCGCCGUCGGCCAGCUCACGAAGAGCUUCGCCAACGAGUGGACGAGUCGCGGCAUCACCGUCAACGCCAUCGCCCCCGGGUACAUCGAGACGGAGAUGAACACGGCGCUGCUCGCCAACCCGGAGCGCCUCGCCAGCAUCAGCGCGCGCAUCCCGGCCGGGCGCUGGGGGUCGCCCGACGAUUUCAAGGGCACCGCGGUAUACCUGGCCAGCCGAUCGAGCGCGUAUGUCAGCGGCCAUGUGCUGGUCGUGGAUGGUGGUUGGAUGGGCCGGUAA